CUGGAAAUCAUAACACCUCAGACAUUUGAUCCACGAGGCAAAACUCUUCCAUUAUCUGUUCCCGAUGUUCAAAGCAAACAGUUUUGUGAUUUUGCGAUCGACCAUGCUAGUUGUUCUCGGGUUCAUGCUGCUUUGUUGUAUCACAAGCAUCUCAAUCGUGCCUUUCUGGUUGAUCUUGGAAGCACCCAUGGCACGUUCAUCGGUACGGUGCGUUUAGAAGCAUACAAACCUGAACAGCUCCUGCUGGAUCAGGUGUUUCAUUUCGGUGCUUCGUCUAGAAGAUAUAUACUUCGAGAACGCCCGUCAGGUGCCAUGUCCAUGGAUGAAACUGAAGCACUAAUCCUGGAGGGUAAAUCAUACAAUACCGCCCUCAACCGACGGAUAGCGACAAUGACCGUCCCGGAAGAGGAUUUUAAGACGUUUAAAAGGAAACAUCACGCUUAUAGGGUUUCGUUUAAUGACGAAGAGGAGAUUAUCAACCCAGAAGACAUAGAUCCUACCAUUGGAAGGUUCAGGAAUCUCGUAGAAACCGCUUUGAUAUCCAGAAAGGUAUGUAUGCCUGUCUGUGAUUUUCACAAUAAGAUGAUAUCUGAUUUGCAUCACUAUGUCCGCAGUGAGGGGUCCAAAAGACUUUAG